AUGUUAACAUUUAGAUGUAAGAGGUUCGUUUUGUUAGCAAUUGCAUAUGUGUAUUUUACGGUAGAUAUAGUUUUUGCAAAACCACUAAAAUUUCAUCUGAGCAAGACGACUCCUCGUUUAAGUUUGUCUUCAUUUCAUAAAAGAGACAACGUAGUUUUAUCUUUGAAAAAUAAUAAUGACGAAUAUUUCUCUACCACAAUUAAUUUAGGAACACCGUCACAAGAAUUGAGUGUUAUUUUUGAUACGGGGUCCGCAGAUCUGUGGGUGAUGAACAACAAUAAUCCUCAUUGUCUGAAUAAUUCCGUUAGUAAUAUUACUGAUAGUCCCACAAUUGAUUGUUCCCAAAUAACCACCUUUGAUUAUACCAAAUCUACUUCCUUUAAAAAAUUGUCAGACGAUAGGUUUUAUAUUAAUUAUGUUGAUGAAACAUAUGCAGAAGGCGAAUGGGCAACUGAUACUCUAACCAUUAAUGAUAUUCCAAUAAGUAACAUGCAAUUCGGCUUAGCAUUAAAUGCUACUACACCAGUUUCUGGUGUGUUGGGUAUAGGAUUUCAACGAAGGGAAGCAGUUAGAGGUUACCCAGGUGCAUCGAAUGAGUUUUAUCCUAACUUUCCCGAAGUUCUUAAGCAGGAAGGAAUUGUUGAUGUUGUUGCCUAUUCUUUAAACCUUGGGCAAACAAGUUCAAUUAUAUUUGGAGGAUUAGAUACUAAUGCCUAUGACGGAGAUAUAUACACAUUUCCAAUGGUUAAUGUGUAUCCUACUGUUGUUGAUAAGCCAGCAACAUUAUCGUUAACCAUUCAAGGUUUGGAGGCCUACGAUUCUAAUGGACAAAAGACGUCCCAGAUCUUUAAUUCAAAAUAUCCUGUCCUAUUAGAUAGUGGGACUACAUUGGUAAGUUUCCCGAUGGAGAUUGCAGAGAAAAUGGCUAAUUUUGUCAAUGCAACAUAUAGUGAAUAUGAAUCGAUUUAUAUUAUGGAUUGUCCAUCUGAUACGAUAAAUACUGGGUUUGUAUUCGAUUUCGGUGAUCUCAAAUUAAAUAUUUCUUUAGCAUCUUUCAUAUUACCACCUGAUGGUGAAUCAUAUUGUGGUUUUGGGGUUCUUCCUUCUUCAGGUAGUAUUACAUUAGGUGAUAGUUUUCUAAAGAAUGCAUAUGUUGUAUAUGAUUUAGAAAAUUAUCAGAUAUCUCUUGCUGCAGUUGCUGAAGAUAAUACUUUAGAUCAGAAUAUUAUUGACAUUCCGAACGAUGGUAAAAUUCCAGGAGCAAUUAUGGCGUCUGCAGUAGCUUGGAAUUCAUACGAUGAAUCUGAUACUACUACUAGCAGUAUAGGAACCAGUAAGGCCAGCUUUCAGAGUAGCACACUACAAACAGUGACUAAAACUAAUUCUGUUACCAAGUCGUCACAGUCGGAAAAUAUUAUUUUCGAAACAGUAACAGAAUACAUCUGCUAA